GCCCCGGCCCCGGCCGGGCCCUACCAGGACGCCCUGGGGCUGCCGGGCAAGGCCCUGCUGGCCGCCCUGCUGGCCCUGCUGACCCUGGCCACCCUGCUGGCCAACGCCUUCGUCAUCGCCGCCGUCCGCCGGACGCGCAAGCUGCGCAGCCCGGCCAACUACCUGAUCGCCUCCCUGGCCGCCACCGACCUGCUGGUGGCCCUCCUGGUCAUGCCCGUCAGCACGGCCUACACCGUCACCGGCCGCUGGACCUUCGGCCAGGGCGUGUGCGACUUCUGGCUGCUGUCGGACAUCACCUGCUGCACGGCCUCCAUCCUGCACCUGUGCGCCAUCGCGCUGGACCGCUACUGGGCCAUCACCGACGCCGUGGACUACUCGGCGCGCCGGACCCCUCGCCGGGCGGCCGUCAUGGUGGCCCUGGUGUGGGGCCUGUCGGUGGCCAUCUCCCUGCCGCCCCUGUUCUGGCGCCAGGCCCGGGCCGGCCCGGGCUCGGCCUGCGCCGUCAACACCGACCACAUCCUCUACACCGUCUACUCCACCGUGGGCGCCUUCUACCUGCCCACGCUGCUGCUCGUCGCGCUGUACGGGCGCAUCUACGCCGAGGCCCGCUCGCGCAUCCAAAAGCAGGCGCCGGGCCCCGCCGCCCGCGGUCCCCCCGCCGGCAAGCGGCUGAGCCGCGCCCAGCUGCCGGCCCCGCCGGCCCCGCCGGCCUCCGCCGUCCGCGUCCGCCUCUCCGACGCGCUCCUGGAGAAGAGGCGGCUGGCGGCGGCCAGGGAGCGCAGGGCCACCCAGACCCUGGGCGUCAUCCUGGGCGCCUUCAUCGGCUGCUGGCUGCCCUUCUUCAUCCUCUCCCUGCUGCUGCCCAUCUGCAGGGAGGCCUGCCCCUUCCCCGCCGCCGCCUUCGACUUCUUCACCUGGCUGGGCUACCUCAACUCGCUCGUCAACCCGCUCAUCUACACCCUGUCCAACGACGACUUCCGCCAGGCCUUCCAGAAGCUGGGCCGCGGGCCGGGCCCGGCCCGCGCCCGCUGCCCCGCCUGCCCCUGCCCGCCCUGAGCCCGCCCUGGGCCCGCCUCGGACCGGGCCGCUCCGGACCCGUGCGCCUCGGACCCGUCAGCCCCGGACCCG